AUGACCAGCAGCGAGCGCGGCAUCAAGUUCCGCCAGCGCCAGCAGGAGCGGCAGAUCGCGCUGCUCGCGGACAACGAGACGCUGCGGCAGCAGGUGCUGCGCCUCCAGGCCACGCGGGACAUGUACUCGCACAAGUCGCUCUCGACGCCCUCGUCCAUCGGUGGGGCGUCCCCCAUGCGCUUCGUCAUGGAGUACUUCCACCAGUUCCGCGCCGGCCUGAGCGUGCCCGGGGCUCCGGCGUCGGUCCUGUCCUCGGACAAGCAGAAAGCCUUUCUCGGCGCCUUGAUCGAGCCCCACACCACGAUCAGAGGCAAACCCGCGGCCGAGCUGAUCCUCGGGAUCUGGGAGCGCUACACCCUGUUCCACUCGUCUGUCAAGCUCACCUGCGAGUCGGCCGAGCUGAUCACCGCCGACAACUGCGCGAGCGUGGUCGUCCACGGCACGCUGCACCUGCGCUACUCCCGACGCACGAUUGAGAACAUCUACCCGCAUGCCGCUGCGGACGAAGAUCUCAUCCAGAAGCUGAUCGGCCGACAGCUGCACGUCCACUACAGAGCUCGGAUGCACUUCAACGGCAGGGGCAGGCUGGAGGCGUAUGAAAUGGCGCCGGAUUUCGUGGGGGCGCUGAUGGAGGUUCUAGGCAGCCUCAGGGACUGCGAGCGGAUCCUGGGUCGCGCACUGAUCAGGGGCCAUGCACUGGGAGAGGAGCCCGAGCCGGAGGUCGAGAACAUGGAGCCCGUUGAGAUUCUGCCCGACUCGGACGCCGAAGACGAGGCGCCGUCGUCGAACUGUGCCACCGUCGAGCAAGAAGAGACGCCCCCAGCGUCGAGCCGAGCGAUGAAGCUCGACUACAUUUUGUCGUAACUUAAUACUAAAUCUCCAUCGGCUUGCCUCGCGAGAAGCAACAUCUUCUGCAAUU